UUACCCGCAGCCGCAGGUUCCGCGCGCCACCUUCUCGGCUCCUUCUCCUUCUUCUCCCCGUUGCACACGCACGCUCCUCGUCGCAUCAACUCCGCUGUACGUACCCGCCGUCCCGGCACUUGAACAGUACGUACUUGUUCAGGUGAUAUAUAUGCGCGGGCUCUCGAGUGCUCGCUCCACCAACGCACGCACGGUUGCCACGCCAACCCGGAUCAGGCAUGGCACACAAUUCGGACCAAGGCGCCGUCGCUGUGUACUCGUCGGGGCCGAGUGGCGACGUCGCUGACCCUCCCGAGGCGCCUGUGGCCGCGUCGUCGGUCAUGACGGUCGGCAGCAGCCUCACCGUCGCCGGCAUCCUCACGGUCUUCAUGCUCUUCGCCCUCGCGCUCGUCCUCUUCCAGUACUGCGUCGACGACGCGGAGGCCGGGCGGCGGCGCCGUGGAGUCAGGACGGUAGCCGGCAGAGGUGGUAGCGCCCGGACCCGGGGCGUCGACCCAGAGGUGCUGCGCUCGUUGCCGGUCACGGUGUACCGCGCGACUGCGGGUCCGAAGGAGGACGCGGUGGAGUGCGCGGUGUGCCUCGCGGAGCUCGAGGACGGCGAGGAGGCCCGAUUCUUGCCCCGCUGCGGCCACGGCUUCCACGUUGAGUGCGUCGACAUGUGGCUGGCCUCCCACUCCACCUGCCCUCUCUGCCGGCUCACCGUCGCCAAGCCCGACGUGCCGCUAGCGCCUUCGUUGGCUCUGACUCUUCCAACAGUACUGCCGGAGCCGGCGAACUACGCCGCGAACCUGCCAGCGAGUUUGCUUCUCGAGAAUUCUCACCAGGUGGCGGUCACUGCGGCGACUUCGUCCACCGACAGAGACAGGAGCCCUUCCACCGGCACCACGGCCCUGGUGGUGAUCGAAAUCCCGGAGUCGGCCGCGCCGACACCGCGCGACGCGGCCAAGUCGCCGGGCUCGGCGAGGCUGAGGUCGAUUAGGAGGCUGUGGAGCUUCGGGAGGCAAGGGGCAGGGCCGAGUUCCGCCUUUUCCUGCGCCGGCGCCGAAGAAGGAGCCGACGUGGAACAAGGUAUCAGCGUCACCAUCGGAAUUGCCGUCGCGGAGGCGCCGCUGCCAUCAGAGACUGCGGUGGGUGCAAUCCGGGGAGCGGCCGCAUAGUGAAGGAACGGGACAUGCGCCCAGCCGGCCGAAUAGUCAUCUGCACAAUUGCACAGUUGUUUGUAGGUAUGUUCCGUGACAGUGAAAAGGCUAAAGACAACUAUGCCAUUCUUUUGUACUUCGUGUUCC